AUGGAGCCUGUGCCUGAGACCGAGAGUCUGGAGGAGUUCCGCUCCUCCCCAUUACCAACCAUGCGCUUUCACCACAGUCCGACUACGCCCAUCAUCACCCACGACUCAGAUCUAGCUCGCAAACCGCUCAACGUCCGCCGGUCCACCGAGCCACUCUCGCCGACCUCGCCAUGGAGCACCACUGCUCUUCCCUACCGGCCACGCACAACCUCGCCACUCUCAGGCUCACACACCCGGUCAAAGUCCACGGCCAGUCUCCAGCUGCCAAGCAUGAACCGCACACGCUCUCUGCCUGGGCUCGAUGGAGCCGGCCGCAUCGUCUAUCCGCCACUCAUUCGUCCGUCGAGCCCGUCUGGGUCACCCAGCCGGCAGCGCGUUCCCCGCAAACCUACUGACGAGGCUUUCCCGUCUUCACCCGUGCGGACAUCAGUUCUGGAUACCGACCAGCGUCACCCCGACCGAAGCAGUUCGCCAGUGCAUGGGGCUCCGCCUUCAUCUGCCCUCAGAAAUGCAUCUCCUCUCCGCUACACCGUGACAAGCUCUGGAGGCCCUUCACUCCCCGGAACGCCUUCCAGCCUGGCGACUUCGCCGUCCUACAGGCCCGACAGUAGCCUGGGAAGCUACAGCUUUCCCAGCUAUUCUCAUUCUUCCUCCGUCCCAUCAACCCCCAGCUCCAUGAGGUCUCGAAGCCCUAGCAUCUCUAGUCUGGAGACGAUUCCGGAUACGCCAGAUGCCGAAGAGGCCGCUCUCGAAGCCGAGCGCAUCGCUCAACUCAAAGCUGCUGCUGAUGCUGCCGAAGGAGAGGAUGGGAAAGGCCGUGGCAAUUUAGACGUGCCGACUCGGGGGCGGACAUUGGGCGUCGGCUCACGAGACAAGCGGAAGAGAUGGAGUGUCUGUGGUGCAGAGCGACGAGGAGAUCUCGACUUGGAGACCAUCUGGGAGGACUGA